AUGCGAGUAUUAGUCUUGGCUCUCCUAAUUGAGGCAGGUUUCUGUUUUAUUACUUUACCAUUAAAGUAUGUCGUUCGUGAGCAGAGCAUGGAGGUUUAUGAGCCCCAAACUUCCAAUUUUCUCACUAAGUUGAGCCAUGAGCGCGAAUUGGUGUUGGAGGCAGACGUUGGCCCACAGAAGACAAAGAUCGAAUUUUUGGUGGAUUUCUGGGGUAAUUCAAAUACCUUGACCUCCAAAAGUGUUCUAAAAGAAGAUUGUUCCUCUGAUCAUUUGGGUGAAAGUUUGUACCUUGGAGAUGUCCAAGCAGAGGAUGUUCCAUUUACCACUCGCAGUCUUCAAAAUCACUUGAGGUUUGGCCUUAGCGAAGUUCAAGAGCACGAAUUGCUAAAAGUUGAUAAGAUGAACAUUGUGCAGCUUCUCAAGUAUCAGAAGAAGAUUAAGAGCGCACUAGUAUCAUUCCUAUUCCCCAAAGAUGAUUUAUCUGUCGGGGAGUUGGUGAUUGGAGGCAUUGAUCACUCAAAGCACCGUGGGGCUCUUUCUAAGAUUCCAUUUUACAGCUCAGAGGGACCUCUUGGAAGCGAGCAAGGCGAUAUGAUAGUAGUUGUUCUUGACGAAAUUCUCUUGAACGGCCAACAAUUGGCUAAGGGAGACUAUGACAUGGAGGUUUCGACCUCGCAGUGGUCUCGCUUGCCUCAACACUUCUUGACAGCCAUUGCUAGAAGAUUUGGAGGAGUGUACGAUGAAGUCGCUGACUUCUACUAUUUUGGACCAAGUAUUGCCACUACUGAUGAGAUACUAACGCUUUCAUUAGAUGGAGCGAAGGUCAAUGUUCCCGUGAGAGAUUUGGUAACCCAAAGUGGUCUUGAAACAUACUACCUAUCACUAAGACCCAACAUCGUUGAUAAUGUUGGUGUUUUGGGUUUGGAUAUAUUGAAAUAUGCUUAUAUUGUUAUUGACUACGACAAUAGAGAAAUUGGACUUGCUUCGACUUUCCGGCCAGGAUAUGAGCCUUCAGAGGGUCCAGAUCAAGAAAAUGCAUUUUGUGUUCCGAUGACUACCGAUAAUACGGAAGAUGGUUCUACUCAGAAUGUAAAUUCCAUGGUCACCCAUUGUGUGGAAGAGGAUGCUGUGAUCACGGUAUUUCCGGAUGGUACAGUGCUGGACACAAUGUACAUCAAGAAAAGAGAAUACUUGUCAAGGAUUGAAAAACGGAAAACAAAGCAUAAGUACAGAACGAAGACGAAGACGAAGACGAAGGCUUCGACGAGUCUGUCGAGAUCUUCGCUGUUGGCAUCUCUGAAUGUUAAAGUUGAAAUCUUUGGCGUCAAUAUCUUCACUUUUUAUGUUGGAUGUGCUUGUGUAACCUUUUUUAUAUUAGUUGCAUAG